AUGGUUGAGCCAGCCGGUGUGGGAGUGCCUCUGCUCCGGGUCACGAUCCUAUUCCUCGUCUUGACAUGGGUAACUGUCAUCGUACGUGUGUCAGUGAGAAGAUGGCUUCGGCCCGAGGCCAAGGGGUUGGAUGAUCUGAUGAUGUGCAUCGGUCUCGUCCUCUACACAGUCACAUGCUCUUUGGUUAUCGUAUGUUGUUAUCACGGCGCAGGGCAGCUGUCGGAACACCUUACGGCGAUAGACAUUAUGCAGGGAACAAAGGUAUUUUUCAUCGCCGAAUUCUUCUACGCCGGCUGUACCGUCCCGAUCAAGAGCAGCAUCUGUGUCUGUCUGAUACGCGUGGCCGAUGGACGUCGUCGAUUCUCGUGGACUCUAUGGGGUCUCGUUGCGCUGCAGUUCAUGGCGGCCAUCAUCUUCUUCGCAGGCAUCUCCAACAUCUGCCACCCGAUUACGACUCUCUGGGGCGAGACCACCUACGGUACCUGUGAUUCGAAGCUCAACAGCAGCGUUAGCUUCCUCUUCUCUGCCGUCUCCAUAUUGACGGAUGUGACCUUGGCCAUCCUGCCUGCCAUCUUGAUUUGGCCUAUCCAGAUGAAACGUCGCCUCAAGGUCUCUGUGGCUAUCAUCCUCGGAAUGGCUGCCUUUGCGAGUUGUGCCACCAUCAUCCGACUUCGUUACUUGACCUUGUACGACAACCAAGCUGAGUUUAUGUACAGCGCAGGCCCCAUCGGGCUAUGGUCCGUCGUCGAAGAAGGAAUCAGCAUCGUUGCCGGCUCUCUGCCCGCCCUCCGCCCCCUGCUUAGCCUGCCUAUGUUUGGAGGCACCAGAGACGCCAGCAAAGGGAUCUCGAAUCCCGAGACGGACUUGCAGACAUGGGGGGCGGGCGACAAAAGGGACGUGGCAGAUGACCUCACAGACAGCAUGAAGAUGCAGACCUUUGUGAUCUCGAAGGACGGGGACAGCGAUGGAGAGAGCCAGACUCACAUCCUCAAAGAGACGCACGUCAUGGUUUCGACCGAGCAUAUAAACUCCACAGGAACCGAGGAGUGGACAAAGCGACGGGUCAACGGUUGGGAUCGAGCGGCAGACAAGUGACAUCAAACAAAAGAUGGAUCAUUAAUAAACCUUUAUUUCGGAGGGAUCCUUGAGAGUCUGUAUUUGUGUCGCCGUGUCUGGCUCGUCGAGUUUUCGAGCUCCGAACCGUGCCACGGCAGCCGAGUAAUGGUCGGGACUCUCAACCCUUGGGACAAAACCGCACUCCGUUCUUGUCGCAAGACCUACAACAGUACUGUAACUCCGUUAGGCGCAUACCUGGCCGAGUAACCUACUGUAACUACUCCGGCACUGCGAUAUCAUAACAACAGUGCUGGAUUCACUGAGUGUUCUUCGAGGAACGGGUUAGGAAGAGUUGUAGGUCAGAUCCGAGUUUGUUCCGGGGCCGGUGCUUCGAGAACUCGGGGGUCCGGCGACCCACUCUAUUAGCCGCUUGGUUGGCCCCGAGGACUUAUUAAUUCGUGGAUGAGGUCAUGCAUUUGAGCUGGUCUAUUAUGACGACACUCUGAUCCAGCGCAUCAGUGCUGCUGAAAUCACUUAUGACAUAGGUUCGCUGAUCUCAAAUCGAGAAAACUGCGGUAUAUGAGUGUUCAAUGUUGUACAUACCUUAAUAGAAAGCGAAUUACUCGGUUGACUC